UGUUGAACAAGAGACAGGUCCUGUCCUGUAUCGUCACGACAUGGAUGCCAACACUGUACUCCUCAAACAAUAUCUACAAGAGCUUGCCCAAUGGGGUGCUUUCUCAUCCUUUUCAUGACCUUGUCCUUGCCUUCGGCGUAAGGUUUCAAAAGGCUUUGGUUUCCCCAUCAACAGAUGAACGAAAGUCGGCCUCAGAGCAAUCGAGGAAGGUGCGGGUCCUGUGUUGGGUCAUGACUCAGCCGGAAAACCACGAGAAGAAGGCAAAGCACGUCAAGGCAACUUGGGGGAAGCGUUGCGAUCAACUUUUAUUUAUGAGCUCCAAGGAGGAUCCAUCAUUGCCCUCAGUGGCAUUGAACGUGAAAGAAGGUCGGGAAAAUCUGUUGCACAAAUCACAUGCGGCCUGGAAAUACGUGUACCAGCAUCAUCUGAACGAUUCGGAUUGGUUCCUCAAAGCAGAUGAUGAUACCUAUGUUGUCAUGGAAAAUCUCCGCUACAUGUUACGCAAUCACGAUCCUUUGAAACCUGUUUUUUUUGGCUGCCGCUUCCAUGGUUUCAUGAGCGGAGGAGCAGGAUUUGUCCUGAGCCAAGAGGCAGUGAAAAGACUGGUGGAGAAGUCAUUACCGAAUCCCAACCUCUGUCCUAUUCGAGAUGAGGGUGAAGAUGUGUACAUCGGGAGAUGCCUGGCUGCAGUAGAAGUGGAAUCGGGUGAUUCCCGGGACGAGUUGGGACGCUGGCGUUUCUUACCUUUUGCUCCAGAAAUUCACCUCAAUCCAAUUCCAGAGGAAGGUUAUGGCUGGUUGUUUAGGUUUACCUACCACAAUUACACGGAAGGACCUGAGUGCUGUUCGGAUACUGCUGUCUCCUUCCAUAAAGUUUCCCCCACACUCAUGCACGCUCUGGAGUAUCUCGUCUACCACCUACACCCAUAUGGCACCACUCUUCUCACCCAGCAUGAUGAGGCCGCGACCGGAAAUCGCUCAGGCAUU